CAUUCCAGUCCAGAUUUUUUGCACAAAUUUCCUGCUUCCAGUUCCAAGCAUUACUCAGAGGCCAGAGCUACGCAUCUCCAAAGCCAUGCUCUAAGCCGAUCAAGAUUCACGACUAAGCAACUCUUCUCCCUCCUCUUCCAUUGAUAUGAAACCCAAUCGCAAGCUCAAGAAAACCGACUCAUCUUCAAAGCUUGUAUUGGAAGAAAUUAUCGGUACCACAACAAAGAACAGCAAUGGAUUGGCUUCGAACGUCAAUUCUGCAAACUGCGUCUAUUUGGCGGGAUGCGUUGUGGUGGUGUACAAUGUUGACUCUGGUACGCAAUCUCACCUCACCGUACCUCAUCGACUGUGCAAACCUAUGAGCUGUGUUGCCAUGUCCCCGGAUGGCCGCUUCGUGGCAGCUGGAGAGUCAGGGCCUCAGCCUGCAGUAUUUGUGUGGGAUUUAGCUGGGAUGGCCUUUCUAUCAGAACUGAAAGGUCAUCUGUAUGGUGUUGCUUGCCUUGCUUUUUCACCUGAUGGGAAAUAUCUAGUGUCUGUGGGAGGAUACAUAUAUAUUUGGGACUGGCGGAGUACAGUGUUGUUAACUAAGCUCAAAGCAAGUUCAUCUUGUACGGCUAUCUCGUCUGUUACCUUUUCAUCAGAUUCAAAAUCCCUUUUAACUGCUGGGAAGAGGCACUUGAAGUUCUGGACUAUCACAUCUCCUAGGACCCAGAUUAAUUUAGGGACGGGUUCACUGUCUUUGCAUGGAAAACCUGUUAAUCUUGGUCCCCAUCAAGGUAGCUCAUUUAUUUCUAUCACCUCUGCCUUAUUGGCGGAUGGCAGCUCAGGUGAAGCCUUUCCGAUGUAUGCAUUGACUGAAUCAGGUGUCCUCUGCCUCGUGAACUCUGGAUUUUCAGUAACAAAGUCAGUAAGUUUAAAGGCCGAUAAAAGUUUUGCUGUAUCUGCAUCUAGCAAGUUAGUUGCUUGUGCAUGCAUCAAGGGAAUAGUACAACUCUUUGAUGCUGAGAAUCUUCAAUAUGGUGGAAGUUUAGUAUAUUCAAGGUCCAAGCAAUUCCAUGGGACAAGCAAUAUUGUUUAUCCCAUGAAAGAUGAUGGAAAGGUUUUACGAAACUUACCUGUCCUUCCUGAUGCAGUUGCAUGUAGUUUUUCAACCUCAGAAAAGCUUGUGGUUUUUUAUGGAGAUCACUAUCUUAACAUAUGGGAUGUCCAUGAUGUGAAGCAGGCUACCAGGUCCUGUGUGCUGGUUUCGCAUUCUGCAUGCAUAUGGGAUAUCAAGGUUCUUUGUUGUGAAAACAUGCACGAUCCAUCUCUUGCUUGUGUUGCUAGAGGUUGUUCAGGAGGAGUGUCUUUUGCAACAUGCUCAACAGAUGGUACUAUAAGGUUGUGGGAUCUUGCCUUGCAACCUGAUUCAGAAGAUGAAAUGGAUAAUCAAGUUCGAAAAGUGAGCACUACACGUUUAGAAAGUGCUGGGAUAUUUGAACGUGAAACUGUGGAGGCUGGUUUUAACACUCAAGGCUUUCGUUCUCUGGCUGCAAGCUCCGAUGGAAAAUACCUUGCAGCUGGUGAUUGUGAUGGAAACAUCCACAUAUUUAACCUGUUUACUUCGGAUUAUACAUGUCUUCAGGGUGCUCAUGAUGCAGAGGUCCUGUCAUUAAGCUUUAGCUCGUCGAGUAGAAAUGAUGCUAUAUCUAAAGAAGUUGUUACGCAAAGUCAUUACUACCUGGCUUCAGCAAGUAGAGAUCGAAUAAUCCAUCUUUAUGAUGUUGAAAGGAAUUUUGAUCUCACUGAUAGUAUUGCUGAUCAUUCAGCUGCUGUAACUUCGGUAAAGAUCAGUAACAAUGGACGCAAAAUUAUAAGUUGUAGUGCUGACAGGUCUUUGAUUUUUCGUGAUUUCACCACUACAGAUGGUGGUCAUAUGAUUUCCCGUAGUCAUCACCAAAUGGCAUCCCAGGGUACUGUCUAUGAUAUGGCUGUAGAUCCUAAAACAGAUGUUGUUAUUACGGUUGGGCAGGAUAAGAAGAUCAAUACAUUUGAUGUUGCUUCUGGGAAGCUAAUAAGAUCUUUCAGGCAAGAGAGAGAUUUUGGAGAACCAAUUAAAGUUACAAUGGAUCCAAGUUGCAGUUACCUCGUUUGCUCCUAUUCGAACAAGUCUAUAUGUAUGCAUGAUUUCAUUACUGGGGAAGUGGUUGUACAGGGAAUGGGGCACGGUGAAGUUAUUACUGGUGCUAUUUUCACACCCGAUUGUAAACGUAUUAUAUCUAUAGGAGGGGAUGGUUGCAUUUUCCUAUGGAGACUUCCUGCCCUUUUAUCUUCAAGGAUGCGUCAGAAAAUAAAUGAAGGUUCCGGUCCACUGUCUCCAAGAAGCAUGGCUCAGCAUAUAUCUCUCAGUCAAAUCCUGUUUUAUGAAGAGGACAGAGAUGAAGAAAAGAAACGAACAAACAAUCCUGGUGAUGAUUAUCAGCCAGAACAAUCCAAGCAAGUUGGUUUUCGAGUGCUUCAUCAAGGACGAGCUUCUCCAGAGGAAACGUUUAGGUUUAGCAUUUCAAGACUGCCUAGAUGGGCACAAGAUAAAGUAACGAACUCUGACAGGGCCCAAAUAAAUCUCGAGUCCACACCUUUGCAGAAAAGUUGCGCUUCUUUGGUUGUUGAUGAUCAAGAAAAUGCACGUCUACCUCCAGAAUUUCAAAUUUGUUCUCGCCAUGUCCUUGGAUCUGUUAACUCCAGCACCAGCAGCCUAUCCCCAAAGUCUUCUGACAACAGCAAUAGCAGUGGUUCUCGUGUGCCUCAAGAAACUGUUGGUGGCCACCCGGCUAUGGAUAAUCGCUGGCUCUCCAUUUAUAACGUGUGUCUAGAUGUACUGAGUUCUCCUGAAAUGCAGAAUGUAAGGGACAGAAAAUCAGUGUCGUCCACUAAUAUAUAUGCAGCAACGCUACCAGGUUAUAAUGGAUACUCUUCUGAUCAAGCUGACAAUGUUAUUGAUAUUGGGGGAGAGUUGACUUCUAGUAUGAUUGCCAAUUUUGAUAAUUCUGAAUCUUUGAGCAAGUGUGAAUUUCAUAUGGGAAUGAAAGAGGCUGAUUCUAGGGAAAUGGAAGAGCUACUUUCUGGUAAUGUGAAAAAUGCGAAGCAAGCAGCUGGAGAUAGUAGUCCGUUCCACAUUAAGUCUGAAGAUGUUGAUCUAUUCAAGCUACAUUUUGGCAGUCUAUCAACGUCACAUAAGAAAAGUGAACCGUCAGCAAGGAGAAGAUACUCCUCCAAAUAUGUUGUCCAGAAGGAUUAUCUUGGAAGCACCAAAAGACUCCCUCGAAUGCUGCCUCAUGAUUCUGGUUGUAGAACUUUAGAUUGCAUGGACGAAGUUAUCAACCAUUCUCCAUCAGAGGAUCUGUCAAGUCAGGUUUUGGCAGAACAAGAAUUGGAUAUUUCUAGGACAGCAGAGACCUUGGUAAACACAAAGUUGUCACGCUUUCAAAAUGAGAACUAUCCAGUUGAAAAAGACCCAAAAAGAGUAAAGUUGUCCAAAGAAGGAAACGAUGGCAGUUUUCCAGUUGUAAGUGAAUUGCAAGAGCAACGAACUAGUUGUACGGAAGUGCUACUUGGUUUGGAUGCUGCAGCCGAGAAUGCAGUCCAAUUAUUUUCAAGAUUAGAUACGAGGGGUUUCCAUCAAGAUAGUUUACAUGAAGCAUCCAAGUUACUUCCCCCAAUCAUAGAGAAGGUUAAUGCAAUUGCCAAGUGGGUGCAAUGCAGGAACAAAGAUAAAUGUGAAAGUACGAAAGAUAUUAUUACAGGGUUCGAACCUCUCUUAGGAACAUUUGCUGAGAAUCUAUCUCAGAAGGUUGUUGAAAUUUUGAAGAAGAAUACUGGCGGGGAUUCAUAGUUUUCUAUAAAUAACUUUGUAUUAUGAAUUAGUGCCUACUUAUGGUAAAUAAAUGGCGCAUUAUGUCA